AUGCUGAACAUGCUGGCAUGCGCAGCUAUCGCCAGCGUCAGCGUCAUGAACGUCCGGGCCCCGCGCUUUCUCAACUCGCAAAUGCGCUUCCUGUUCACCUACGGCGGCCGCGGCCUGCUGUACACGUACUUUGGCUGCAUUGUGUACACAAACAGCCUGUACAACAUCAUCGCCUGCGUGUACACAGUGACCCUUGGGGUCGCGUACCUGGUGCUGGCCUGGGUGUCCAUCAUCCCGCUGCAGCACGGGCUGCUCUACAACUGGUCACACUGGUGCAGCGAGGGCGCGAAACAAAUGUACGAAAGCAGCAGUAAGCGCACGCACCGGACCCGUCGUGGAAUGACCAACGAGCAGUAUGACGCGCCGUUGCUGGGAACUGCCAUGCCUGGGCUCAAUAGGGUCGUCAAAUGGGUCGGCCAGCCAGACAACGUAUUUCCAGGAGCGCUCGGUCGGAAACUACACGCAGCAAAAGGAGAAGCGGGCUCACGGAUCUAUGGCAUGUCGACAAGGGCCCGGCGCCUGUCGACUACUGGCGACGCGUACUUGGAUGAGAUUGUCAAUAGCUCGCGGUUUGCCAGAGACAUGAUGGACCCGAGUGACAGCGAGUAUGUUGUGGCCGGAGACUCUCGCCAUUACAAGUCACCCUCUGGGCUUGCCAGCCGGAUCUCGGACAACAGCAGCCCACGGACCACUAUUUCUAUUCCGCCAGCAGCUGCCUAUGCUGCUGAGCAGCCGGCUCUGACAGAGCAGACAUACAUGUCGCAGCCCAGGGACGGGAUGGGUACCGGAAACAACCGCAUUUCGUCGCCGCUCCCGUACCAUCUGUUUGCACCGGAAAGCCGAGAGUUUAUCAACAACAGUCUGAGCCAGAUCACCCGCGAGCUAGAAAAGUAG